CCAGUCAGUGCGGCGCGAUGGAGCAGAUGAGGAAGGCAGUGGCGGGCUUCGGGGCCGAACUGGGAGUGCGGAUCGUGCUGUUCACGGUCUUCCGGGUAACAGACCUCCUGCCCCCCUUCCAGAGGGUUAUCCAACCUGAGGAGAUGUGGCUUUACCGGAAUCCAUAUGUGGAACCUGAGUAUUUCCCCACCAAGCCGAUGUUUGCCAUUGCAUUUCUCUCUCCGCUGACUUUGAUCCUCCUGGCCAAAUGUCUCAAGAAGGCAGACUCGACAGACAGCAAACAAGCUUGCCUGGCUGCCAGCCUUGCCCUGGUUCUGAAUGGUAUCUUUACCAACACAAUAAAACUGAUAGUGGGGAGGCCACGCCCAGACUUCUUCUACCGUUGCUUCCCUGAUGGGCAAGCCCGUUCCGACUUGACGUGCACAGGAGAUGAGGACGUGGUGAAUGAGGGCCGUAAGAGCUUUCCUAGUGGACAUUCUUCCUUUGCAUUUGCUGGUCUGGCCUUUGCUUCCUUCUACCUGGCGGGGAAGUUACAUUGCUUCACACCACGAGGUCGUGGGAAAUCUUGGAGGUUCUGUGCCUUUCUGUCACCUCUGUUUUUUGCAACUGUGAUUGCACUGUCCCGGACCUGUGACUACAAGCAUCACUGGCAAGAUGUACUAGUUGGAUCCAUGAUUGGCCUGACUUUUGCCUAUGUCUGCUACAGGCAGUAUUAUCCUCCUCUGACUGAUGCGGAAUGCCAUAAACCAUUUCACAACAGAGUUGUACUUCCCAACGCACAAAAGAUGUCUAGUGAUCCUUAUCAUUUUGAUGUUUAGAAAUUGGAGCUACCUCUAUGGAGAAUUGUAGGUGAAUCAGCCCGUCCUAUCUGGACCGCGGUUAAGAUAGGAAUGUCUUACCUUUGACCUCUUAAGAGGUACAGUGAGGACGUCAGCACUUCACUUUUGCUUCCAAAUGAUUAUGCAGUUUUGUCUCUGGUCACGUGAAUUUAGCAUGAGGAGUCAAAGAUCUUUUUUUACUGUGAUAUGCCACACAUUCUGAUAAAGAGAUCUUUCAAUAGUCCUCCAACAGCUUAUGAAUCUGGUCCAUCAGACUGGUAUCCCAAGAUCUACAGUGUUUUUACAUUUAAUUUAAAUGCCGUUCUUGGAAGGAUGUUGUCACAAAGAAGCCUUUGCAUAGCCCCACUUUAUCUUAGGAGCUAAGUUAAUUAUCAAAACUUCAUUUUCGAUACCUCAAAACCUUAAAAUUUAGGGGCAUGACUAAGUUAUUUUGGUUUAGUUUACUUUUUCUGGUGACAAUUCCAUAAAGCCUUAAAGAGAAAAGUGUCUGUCUGUGGCUUAUUUACCAUUGUCAUGCAUAUCUUAUCCAAGUCCCCGCAGAUAAUACUGUGGGCAUAAAUAAUCUGUCAAAUUACUAAAUAAAAAAGGAAAUGGUUAGGAGUAUGAUUUCAGUGCUAACAACUGAUGACUGUUACUACCUCAUUUGUCCUUAACUGAGCUCAGGAGUUUCCUUCCCUCCCUUCAUGAGUAAAGAUCUGCCCAAAUGCAUCAACUUUGCCAACUGGCUAAGGCACGAAAGAAAAAUUACAAGUAUCAUUAUGUGGAAGACAAAUAAAUCCUUUUCUGUCCCUUCUUCACAAUGAGCUGUAAGGAACAAUUACAGGAUACCAUCAGAAUUGAUGCUACAGUGUCUGCAACUACCUUUCUUUUUAUUGAGAUUAUAUGUUAAAUAUGACCUUGUCUUAUGUAUUUCUUCCUAUAACAUUUUCAGUAUAUCUCUUUUCUCCAGUAAAUGUGAUAUUCAAAUAAAA